UUUCAUUUGUCUGGAACCCUUCAAGUUGGCGCUAUGGGUGCGAAGGUCGAUAUGACGCUGAAGUGAAUCAGCAAAAGCGCAGACCUUAGGGCAGAAUACAGAAAACGUAUGAUAAAGCCAGAAGAUUCGUUUGAGGACAUAAUAAAAGAAUAAAAGUUCUCCUUUAGCACAUUUCGGCACUGGUCUCGCAGAGAGAAACUAAUACCGAAAGUACGGAUGGACAGAAUACAAGCUUUCCCAACAGGAACAAGUCGCGUGAAAUUAACAAGCCGGUUAUUUCCCAGGUAUAGUUGCUGUCAGUUUCCUGUGCUGGUGGUGUAGCUCAAAGCUGCAUCUUUCUAUCCUGUUACUUGGUGGAAAAUUUCGUAAAGGAAAAAAAACUGAAGAGUUUAUCAAUAACUUGACGAACAACAUUACUAACGGGGACUUAUUUUCUGCUCAUUUGGAAUUCUCUCCUCUGGCGAGGGAUUCGUCAUAUCGAAACUAAAAAUUCAGAACAAAAAUAAGGAAGAGGAAACAGACGGAGUACCGGCAGCUUGCGGAGCUCGUUUUGAACAAAGGAAUUUACAGAAAAACGGUGUAAUAUGACCGCGUCUCUUUGUUUGCUGUAACACUAGACAACUGGAGCUAGGAUCUUUCCGAGACUGGGCAGAGUUGAGUCCUGAACUGGACUCCGCUUCCCGCAUAUCCCCCAGGGCCGGACCGGCCUCCACGGAGCUGUUUUUGUGCCGAGAUCCCUAUAUCAUUCUCAGCAGUUCCCAGCUGGAACUCCAUCUGGAGAAAUGAUUUCAUACCGCUCAAUAAGACUCCUUCCUGUCAUCUUAUGCAACAUCCCAGCAUUUGCAUUUAGUUUUGUGACAUUAACUUGUCAACCUUCAGUGACAGGAAUACUAAAUGAAGAUACUAAACUACCAUGCACAUUAAAAUCAGAAUUGACAUUGAAUUCAAUAGACAUUGAACUUUUUAAGAUAGGCAAAGAUGGAAAAACAGAAACUGUAUUUAACUCCACUGUCAAUGGAGUUCACGAUCGGAUUAAAUUACUUCACCCAGGAUCUCCAGAUGUAUCACUGGUGAUCCAGAGCACACAGUUGUCAGAUUAUGGGAUGUAUCGAUAUUAUUUGGAGUCAGCUGCUGGUCACAAAUGUUGUAAAAUUGAAUUGAAUGUCAAAGCUCCAUACAGUUUGCCAAAAAUGUCCUUACUCCAAAAUAUCACAAGAAGAAUAAGAAGCAUGGACCUUAUUUGUGAAACUACUGGAUAUCCACUUGCGCAGAUUCACUGGUUUGACUACAAUAAAUUGAAUCUCACAGCCAAUGCUAAAAUUCAUAGUGUUCUGACCCCAGGAGGGUUGUUCAAUGUCACCAGCAUACUUCACAUCAAAGUCAUGGAAACUGCCUUGGCUGACAGUUAUACUUGUGCUGUGUAUGAUUUGGAACAAAAUGCUAUUGUGGUGCAGAAACACUUUCCAAUUUCAAUUAUAGAUAUGCCUACCACAAAUCACCAAAGCAGAGAGAAAAAGUCUAAGGUUCUCACAGCUGUCUUUGUCAUUGUUGGAGCACUGGCAAUUGGAAUAAUCAUUUUGACAGUUCAACGAUACAGAAGAACUAUCUAUUCAGCAGUAAGAAGAGAAUCUGAAAUGCAAUGUGGCUGCAAUGAAUAAUUCUGCUCCCUACUAUGAGAGCUGCACUGAUAUCCUGGACUGAUUUAAGAACAUUUUUGUGACAUGAUAAUUUGAAACUGGAUUUUGCGAACAAUAGAAGGUCGAUCACUAGCAUUAUUUAAAGCACUGUCACUUUCCAAUCAUUAUGUAUACAAUGCAAUUGUUCAGUACCAUAACUUUGAUUUAUCUCUGUCACGGUUCUAUGCGGUUUGCUAUUUGUGCAUGAAGAGAUAGUGCCUCACAUCGGUUUUCUGCUAACACCAGUAAUUAUUGGAUCCUUAAAACAAUAAAGCACAGAAAGUAAAGAAUUUGACCUUCAAUCCAGGCUGGCUGAAAGAAGUUCCACCAUUUUACAACUAUGAUGGUUUAUGAAUCAGUGAAUUACAUCACAGCCCUGUGUCCAAGAAGAAGAAAACUAUUGGCCCUGCAUAUAUUCAAAACACAUCCUGCUGGUUGAUAACGGGAAUAUUGUGCAAGUGGUGUGGCCUGGACUCCACUUUUUUUUAGAAAAAUGAAAUACCUUUAAAGAGAAGAACGUUGGAAAUAUGUACAGUGAAGGACUCAGUGAAAAAUAACUAUAACUUGAAUGCUUUUAAAACAGUUUUUAUUCUCAUUCUGGACUUUUUAAACUCUGUGGUCUUUUUUGAGUUUAUUUUUGACUGUUUCAAUUCUGUAAAGACACUUAAAAUAUCUAUACGUAGGUACCCUGUACCCAAGAUGGAACCAAAAGGCAACCUUGCAAACUUUUCACUGCAAUGAUUCGAGUGCACAUAAUAAUAAAAGCUAUUCUACAUAAAAAUUUCCUGUCUUCAUAAGAUUGGAAAUGAAUGAUUAUAUUAGCAUAUUACUCACUGUUCAUUGCUUAAAAGUCAAUCAGGUUGACAGGUUGAUUUGGAAUUCUAUUUUUUUUGGUAUCCUCCGAAGGAAAUAAAUAUAAGUAUGUUUGUCAAAUCUGAU